AUGAACCCAUCGCCGCGAAAGCGCAAAGCUGCUGCUUUGGUUGUCGCACUGCUACAUGAGCUUUUGGGUGAAGGCAGUGAAAGGUCGCCAAAAAGGAAGAGACCGUGGGUGAAGGCGAUAUCGAAGGCCCAUUCACAAGUUGGCGCGCAAAACAGCCUACUUCCUUUCCUUCGGCUGAGCGACUUCAGGGGCUACCUGCGGAUCAGCUCGACUGAUUCUGAAGAGCUUAUCUCCGGCAUCCGUGAGGCUGUGGAGUGUGAGGACACUUUGAUGCGACCAGCUUUAACGGUAGAGGAGCAGCUGACCAUCACGCUCCGUUUCUUAGCCACAGGAGAGUCGUUCCACUCUAUUCGCUAUCAGUACUGCGUUGGUACCAGCACAAUCAACAACAAGGUGAAGAAAGUCUGUGGAGCAUUGUGCGACUACCUGAUUCCCCGGUACAUGAGGCUGCCGGCUACCAGUGUUCAGUGGGAAGAGGUUGCCGACAAGUUUUUUGCCCGUUGGCACUUCCCCCAUUGUCUCGGUGCUCUAGACGGCAAGCAUGUCAGAAUUCGGUGUCCUCCAAAGGCUGGCUCUUCGUUCUUUAAUUAUAAGGGUCACCACAGUAUUGUGCUGAUGGCACUUGUGGACGCAGAUAAGAAGGCCAUCUUCGUGGACGCCGGAGUGAAUGGGAGGUGCAACGAGUCCAUCACCUUUCGUGCAACGGAGUUGUUCCGGAGGCUUGACAGCGGGGAUUGCAACAUCCCUCAGCCUGUCCCACUUCCUGGUCAGACAGUUCCAGCAGGGUUUGCUGUCAUCGCAGAUGCUGCAUUUCCCCUGACGACGUACUUGCUGAGGCCUUAUGCUCAGAAAGAUCUGUAG